CACAAAAUGCGUCCAGCGUCACUCUAUUCAAUUCAACCUGAUCCAUAUCGUAAUAGAAGAUCUUCUGCUAAAGACGAGAACUCUUCUCCUACGACUCCAAAGUCGACAACACAUCUUAUUUUUGUACCCGAACCUGGCAGGACACAUUCAUAUUUACCUUACUCAAAUCAUCCUCCAGAUUUUAAGCAGUCCAGAGCAGAAUUAUAUGUUGAAGAUGAUGCCAUGACAUUUUCCUCUGCUUCUCACCCGGUAGACAUGAUAAACGGGGAACAUAGAAGUAUACAACAACAUGCCAUGUCUUUAACAACACAAUGUGGUACAAAUAAUGGCGGACAUUUACGAUCUGCCGAUCUUAACGACUUGUCUUUAACGGACAAAUUAAGAUACAAACGCCAACAAAAGCAGGAAAAAAGCCAUUUUUACACACCUACUUCCAAACGAUUGUUUAUUAUAUUCUGUGUCAUGACAUUAUUGACUGUCAUUAGCUUAAUGAUCUACUUCUGCUGGCCAAGAGUGCCUAAACUGGUUUUACAAAGCGAGAAGGCGGAACGGAUCGGUGAUCCUGCAGAUUGGGGACCGACUCAACAACCCUGGUUACGAGCAGCAUGGAAGUUGAACAUGACUUUAGAUAAUAGCGCCAAUUUUAUACCUACUCGUAUCAGUGACAUUGAACUCAUUCUGAUGGAUCGAGAUACAUAUGUACCUUUUGCUUGGUCAAGAACCGGUCCCAUUCAUCUCAUUCCCUAUAAAGAGACAUUGUAUUCUUUAAUAUUUCGCGUAGAUUAUGAAUCUCAAAGUGUUAAUGACACGACAUUUAAAAAUUUAUAUAAUGCUUGUGGUCCACAAAUUCCAACCGAAUCACCGGCCUUAAAUGUGACAAUGCAGGCAGUUGUUCAUAUUGCCGGUUUGGUUUGGUCCUCCAUAUUACUGGUCCAACCACCAGAGGGUGAAGGAUUACACUGCCCAUUUAACUAACUAAUAUAACACCUAAUAAAAAUUACUCUUAUAAC